ACUGCAUUUCGAUCUGAGAGCACAGCAUUUACAAGCACACUGCUUAACUACCGAACACAGGAAUUAACCACCGCUUUUGAAACUGAUCGCUGGGAUUCUUAGAUUGGGUUGAACCAGACCUUGCUGUAAAGUCCACGAGAAAAAUAAUCAUGAAUAAAGGUAGAUCUUAUGGGUUGUCUGCAGAACUGGAAAGAAAGGCAAAGGGCCAGUAUGAUGAAGAAAAAGAGCUUGAAUGUAGAAAUUGGAUUGAGUCCAUCGUUGGCGUAAAUCUGGAGCCGGCCGAGUUAGGAUGGUCUAAUUUCGCUAAAGCCUUAAAAGAUGGGGUAGUCUUAUGCAGAUUGAUUAAUAUCAUGCAACCAGGAAGUGUGAAGAAAAUCAACGAAAGCAAAACAAUGGCCUUUAAAAUGAUGGAAAACAUUGGCAAUUUCUUGACAGCUUGUGAAGCUUACGGUGUACCAAAACAAGAUCUGUUCCAGACAGUAGAUCUCUAUGAAGCACGUAACAUGAAUGGGGUUUUGACAGGAAUGGAAGCUCUUGGUAGGAGGGCACAGAAAUGUGAAUUUCAAGGUCCAACCUUCGGAGUAAAACAAUCUAGCGAAAACAAGCGUGAAUUCUCAGAAGAGAAGCUCAAGGCAGGACAGAACGUAAUUGGUCUACAGAUGGGUACCAACCAAGGCGCUUCACAAUCAGGCAUGUCCUAUGGAACAAGACGGCAAGUCUAUGACCAUAAAGCGGGGACCAACUAAAAUCACUGAACUCUUCUCUAACUGCAGCCAUCAGUUUUUAACAUACGUUGAUUUCUCAAAAUAACCAUUUACUUUAGUAGUGUAGUGUUAAGCUUGUUCAUGCUUUGUACAAAACUGUGCAAAGAGAAAGAUGUUGACAUCCAAUAGAGAAAUUUUCAUUUGGAUUUAAAUUGAUAGUUUUUUGCUCAAGCGGGCGGGAAACAUUUAUUUGGUUUUUAUUUAUUUUAAACUGUAGAUACCUUUCUUCAGCAUAUUUUUAAAUUUCAUUUCAACCGAAUAACAGAAAACUGAGGUAAACAAGUUAAGAUUCUAGAUGAUAUUUACUUAUAAACAUCAUUGCACAAUUUUCAGUAAAGGUGUUCAUUUUUAAAACAAUUCUAAUUUGGAGAUGAAAAUAUACUGGAAUUGUAAAAAUGAACACCUUUACUUGUGUUUUAAUGGACAUUCCUUAUGAAUCUAUGUAAGAAUCAUUGUACAAUAUUUUGCCAUUUGACCAUGUUACAGAGUAUAGUUCAAACCUACAUGUUGGUAUUUUAUGAUGAGCUUGUGCAAAUCUAAUUUCCUUGAGAACCCCAACCCACUGUGACCUUGGCUAAAGAUCCUUCUGAGGCCUCCCCUCUGUGGAGCCCAAAUAUUUGGACUUUGAAAAGAUUAGUACAAAUUUGUCUUGUACAAGGAUUUGGUAGAUGGGUGUCCACAUUUACAUUUAAUUGGAUUGCCCUUGCAAGAACAGGGUAUAAGCAGGGAGGUUUCUACCUCCUUGGUAUAAGGCCUGCAGAACUCCAUUGGACAUCACAUACUGGCUCUAUUAGUCUAUUCCUACCUCCAUGGGUAAAGGAACCAUGGCAUAAGAGGACCUUUGUAUAAUGCCUCUAUAAUGAUGGAAAAACUGUUUAGACAUUGAUUAUAAUGAAUGAUAAACAUUAUUGCAUGACUAAAGUGGCCUAUUUCAACUAUGCCUUAAUUAUAGAGUGGUAUGUGGACAAUUUCUCCAACACUGUGUAUGUUUUUUAUUUAGAUUAAUAUUAGGAAAAUGAAACUGGACCAAACUUUCGUUAAGUGUCAUGUGAUGUCGUCGUGGUUUUUAUUUUUAUUAUGGAAGGAGGGGAGUAUUACCCAGGGUUUUUCUGCUCGGCGUACUUCUCGGUUGAAGAUUACACAAGAGGAAAAGAAACAUUGUCAUUUUGGAUGGUACAGUUCCCUGAUUGGGGCUAUUUGUAUCCCUAGUUCAAGAAUAGUAGAAACACAAUCCCAAUUGGGAUCCAUUUUAGAUUUCAGGUUUCAUCUCCAGCUGGGAACAAAUUAUACUCUUAUUGGAAGGAGAUAAUUUUAACUUAGAUACAAAUUCCCAAUUGGGGUUGUUUAGGUUUGUUUUAUUUAUCUGUAUUCCUAUUUAGAAGUUCUCAAUUGGGAUAGUUAAAUUGUUUUCUCUAAGGACCAGCUGUAAUCCUAUUUGGGAGAAAGGAGUUUUCCAUUCUCAAUUGGGAUAGUUAAGUUGUUUUCUUCAAUAUGGACCAUCUGUAUUCCUAUUUGGGAGAAGGGAGUUUUCCUUUUCCAAUUGGGAUAGUUUAGUUGUUUGCUUUACCUGAUUAUGGACCAUAUUCCUAUUUGGAAAAAAACACAUUUUCCAUUCCUAAUUGGGAAAGUAAGCUGUUAUUAAUCAGGUUGUGGAAUUUGCAUGAUUCCACAUUUGAAGAGAAGGAUUCCAGAGUGAUUGCAAAGUACAAUUAAAAUGCUGAUGAUAAACUUGGUUUUACUAAUUAUCAAUUUCCCCCAAUCAGGACCAUGUUAGACCCUUUAGAGGAUUUUAAUCAAGGUAGCUAUUUGGGGGGAUUAAAUGGAAACUUUAUCAUAAUAUAACUAUUUAGUAAUAUGUGCUUGCAAGAAGUAGUUUAGUUUCUAUUUUGGUAUUAACAUAAAGUAGUCAUUCAUAGUA